AUGCAGCAAAAGAAGAACCCGUGUGAUGAUUUGAGAUGUGGCCCCGGGGAGGAUUGUAUCGUCGAACAGAAAAACAGUAUCCUCUCCGGCCAUUGUAUCUGCCCCACUCAUUGCCCUAAUUACGGGGAUUCCGUUCAAAGUUCUCCAGUUUGCUCGAUUCACGGCAAGGAUUACAAGUCCCUCUGCCACCUAAAGCAGGAUGCCUGCGAGACAAAACUCAACAUAACACUGAAAUAUUAUGGGAAAUGCGAUCCAUGCGACGGCCACGUUUGUGCGGUGGGGACGACGUGUAAAAUUGGACAGCAUCGGAGACCCGAAUGCAGAUGUUCGCAGCAAUGUCCCCUGCAUCGUUCUCCAGUCUGUGGUAGUGAUGGACAGACCUAUGAGAAUGAUUGUGUGAUGAAAGUGGCUGCUUGUAGAGAGGAUCGACAGAUUACUGUAUGGAAAGAGGGCAAUUGUAAAGACGUGGGAAAUCCGUGCUCCUCAUUAAUGUGUCCACCGGGUACCCGAUGCCAAAUAUCCCCUCAAAACACUGCAAAAUGUGAAUGUGAUGGGGAGUGUCCGCAGAUUGUCAAGCCUGUCUGUGCUACGGACGGCAAAACCUACAGUAAUGAGUGUGAGAUGCGAAAAGCGGGGUGCGAGGCGAAGAAGAGGCUGGCUGUCCGGCAUACCGGAAGUUGUGGUGUUGGCGUGUGUUCAACAUUUACUGGUUGUCGUGCCCCUCAAGUCUGCGUUCCAAAAGGCGACAAACCGCGCUGUGUCUGCCCGGAAUGUGGCGACGAGCUCAAGGAGGUAUGCGGAAGUGACGGUCAAACGUACGCGAAUGAGUGCCGAUUGAGACAGACGGCAUGCAAAACAGGGCAAUCUCUGUUUGUGAAAUAUAACGGAAUCUGUGAGGGUUGCGAGAAACUGCGCGACAAAUGUGAAUUCUAUUCGAUUUGUGUGUCUGAUGGAAAGGGUACAGGGACAUGUCAAUGUCCUAUUGAAUGUCCUGUCAAUAACAAUCAACAACAGCAAGGGAACAGCAAUGGAAAGGAAGGGCCAGUAUGCGGCACAGAUGGCGUCACAUAUUCCUCGGAAUGCCAUUUGAGAAGAAGUGCCUGCCAGCGGAGGAAAUUUGUCGUAGUUGCUUUUGCUGGGAAAUGCGACGCUUGCCAAAACGUGGAAUGUGGCUAUGGGCAAGAGUGUCGCGGGGGUGUAUGCACUUGUAAUUAUCACUGUCCCGUAUCUGCCCCUGACAGCUCCAGAGUUUGUGGUGAAGACGGAACUCUCUACCCGACAAUCUGCCAUCUCCAGUUGGCCAGUUGCCAGCGGGGAACCCCCAUUAUGAGGGUGGAAAUGGCACAAUGUCAUGCCAAUGGGAAUAGUGAUACCGACGGUUGCUCGUGUAAUCGCGUCGGGAGUUACGGACCGAAUUGUGAUUCCACCGGCCAGUGCAGAUGUCGUCCGGGAGUUGGUGGAUCAAAAUGUGACCAUUGUGUCCCGGGAUUCUGGGGGAUCCAUCUGAUCGCAAAGGGCGCCUUGUCAUGUACUCCAUGUGGCUGCUCCUCAUUCGGUGGUUCUCGUGGUGAUUAAAUCCUGAACUCCCCUCCCCUCGACCGUUCACAUCGCCAGAAGACCCCCUUGGCCCAAAGUCCGCAGAAUCGGACGAUCGGAUCGACGUGUAGCUAUCAGAAUGAAUGUGCUCAUCUCUCGGCAAUCUGCCAUUUGCAAAGAGGAAAAGCCGGACGGUGUCAAUGUGCUGGAAAUAGCCGAUGGGAUGGGAAGAGCUGUGCGGAGGAGGCGAUUGGUAUG